AAGAUGGCCUCUGGCACCCCGCCUCCAAGCCCCUCGGGCCCACCUCCUCCACCUGCACCACAGCCCCAGGCCCGCGCCAGGCUCAAUGCCACCGCCUCCCUGGAACAGGACAAGACUGAAGCCCGUGCUCCCAGACCUCAGGUGGACCCCAGUGCUGGACCGAGUGCUGCGGAAGCCGCUACUCCAGGGCCGAGGGCUCCUCAUGCCAGCAGCCGAGAAGGAAUGGAUAGAGCUGGUCCUGUGAAGGCAGAUGUGGAGAUCCCCUUUGAAGAAGUCCUGGAGAAAGCCAAGGCUGGAGACCCCAAAGCACAGACAGAGGUGGGCAAACACUACUUACGACUUGCCAGUGACGCAGAUGAAGAGCUCAACAGCUGCUCAGCCGUGGCCUGGCUAAUCCUGGCAGCCAAACAGGGCAGACGGGAGGCCGUGAAGCUGCUGAGGCGGUGCCUGGCUGACCGGAAAGGUAUUACUUCUGAGAAUGAGGCUGAGGUGAAGCAGCUGUCCUCGGAGACUGACCUGGAGAGGGCUGUGCGCAAGGCUGCCCUGGUCAUGUAUUGGAAACUCAACCCCAAGAAGAAGAAGCAAGUGGCCGUGUCCGAGCUGCUGGAGAACGUGGGACAGGUCAACGAGCAGGAUGGAGGGGCGCAGCCAGGUCCGGUCCCCAAGUCCCUGCAGAAGCAGAGGCGCAUGUUGGAACGCCUGGUCAGCAGUGAAUCUAAGAACUACAUUGCUCUGGAUGACUUCGUGGAGCUCACCAAGAAGUAUGCCAAGGGCAUCAUCCCUACCAACCUGUUCCUGCAGGAUGAAGACGAAGAUGAGGAUGAGCUGGCAGGGAAAAGCCCCGAGGACCUACCACUUCGCCAGAAGGUGGUGAAGUACCCCUUACACGCCAUCAUGGAGAUCAAAGAAUACCUGAUUGACAUGGCCUCCAAGGCAGGCAUGCACUGGCUGUCCACCAUCGUGCCCACACAUCACAUCAAUGCCCUCAUCUUCUUCUUCAUCAUCAGCAACCUGACCAUCGACUUCUUCGCCUUCUUCAUCCCCCUGGUGGUCUUCUACUUGUCCUUUGUGUCCAUGGUCAUCUGCACCCUCAAGGUGUUCCAGGACAGCAAGGCCUGGGAGAACUUCCGCACUCUUACUGACUUGCUGCUGCGCUUCGAGCCCAACCUAGACGUGGAGCAGGCGGAAGUCAACUUCGGCUGGAACCACCUGGAGCCCUAUGUCCACUUCCUGCUGUCGGUCGUCUUCGUCAUCUUCUCCUUCCCCCUGGCCAGCAAGGACUGCAUCCCCUGCUCGGAGCUGGCUGUCAUUUCCGCCUUCUUCACAGUGACCAGCUACAUGAGCUUGAGCAGCUCUGCCGAGCCCUAUACCAGGCGGGCCCUGGUCACCGAGGUAGCUGCUGGCUUGCUGUCCCUUCUGCCCACCGUGACCGCGGACUGGCGCUUCCUGAAAGUGCUUGGCCAGACGUUCUUCACCGUGCCCAUCGGCCACUUCGUCAUCCUCAACGUCAGCCUCCCCUGCCUGCUCUAUGUCUAUCUUUUCUUCCUCUUCUUCCGCAUGGCCCAGCUGAGGAACUUCAAGGGCACGUACUGCUACCUGGUGCCCUACCUGGUGUGCUUCAUGUGGUGCGAGCUGUCCGUGGUCAUCCUGCUCCAGUCCACUGGCUUGGGCCUGGUCCGCGCCUCCAUCGGCUACUUCCUCUUCCUCUUCGCCCUUCCCGUCCUGGUGGCUGGCCUUGCCCUUAUGGGAGUGGUACAGUUUGCCCGAUGGUUCCUGUCGCAGGACCUCACCAAGAUCCUGGUCACCACGGCGAUCUGCGGCGUGCCCCUGCUUUUCCGCUGGUGGACCAAGGCCAACUUUUCGUUGGUGGGGAUGGUCAAGUCCCUGACGCGGAGCUCCAUGGUGAAGCUCAUUCUCGUGUGGCUCACGGCCAUCCUACUCUUUUGCUGGUUCUACGUGUACCGGUCGGAAGGCAUGAAGGUCUACAAUUCCACGCUCACCUGGCAGCAGUAUGGCUUCCUGUGUGGGCCCCGGGCCUGGAAGGAGACUAACAUGGCACGGACCCAGAUCCUGUGCAGCCACCUGGAGGGCCACAGGGUCACGUGGACAGGCCGCUUCAAGUACGUCCGAGUGACCGAGAUCGACAACAGCGCCGAGUCGGCCAUCAACAUGCUCCCGUUCUUCCUGGGUGACUGGAUGCGCUGCCUUUACGGCGAGGCCUACCCAUCCUGCAGCCCUGGCAACACGUCCACAGCUGAGGAGGAGCUCUGCCGUCUCAAGCAGCUGGCCAAGCACCCCUGCCACAUCAAGAAGUUUGACCGCUACAAAUUUGAGAUCACCGUGGGCAUGCCGUUCGGCACCAAUGGCAACCGUGGCCACGAAGAGGAUGACAUCACCAAGGACAUCGUUCUCCGGGCCAGCAGCGAGUUCAAGGAUGUGCUGCUGAACCUGCGCCAGGGCAGCCUCAUAGAGUUCAGCACCAUCCUGGAGGGCCGCCUGGGUAGCAAGUGGCCCGUCUUUGAGCUCAAGGCCAUCAGCUGCCUCAAUUGCAUGGCGCAGAUGUCCCCGGCCCGGAGGCAUGUAAAAAUCGAACAGGACUGGCGUACCACGGUGCACGGGGCCCUCAAGUUUGCCUUCGACUUCUUCUUCUUCCCAUUCCUGUCUGCUGCCUGAGGAGUGUCCACCACAGAAGGAGGCUUUGGUGCAUGUUGCUGUGAGGCCUCCUGAUGUGGCCACCCAGCUGAGUGGCACUGUGCCUAGCAUGUGUGUGUGCUUGUGUGUGUAUGUGUGUCUACUCUGCUCACAUGUGGGUAGAUCCCAUGAGAUGCCAGGCUCUAUGCUCACCUAUAGACUACAGAUCCCACGUGGAGGGUGGGCUCUCUUUAGCACUGCCCGCUCUGAAUGCCGAGUGUCACACACGAGAAAUUGCAUGCUAUCUUCAACUCACAAUGCUGACCUUUUCCCACAAAGCCGGAGAUCCGGGCCUGGCCCCAGAGACCCUCCAUCACGAAGAGCACUUUACAGAUCUGAAUCCCCGCUCUAGCCCUUCAUGCCUUCCUGCCCUCACUUACUUUGUGUUGGACUUGUUUAUCUUUGUAGACUUCAUGGUAGUGGUUCUUAUUUAUUUGGUUGCUGCUGAGCCUUGAAAGUGGUUCACCUUCCUGGGAGUCCCCAGUGGUCACAUCCUGCCUGGAUAUAGCAUGUCCAAACUGGGCUCUGAACACUACAGCCUGCCUUGGAGCUCUACUGUCUCUGUGGGUGGUAGGGGACUUGUGGGGAUGUUUUCUGAGUACCCCAGGACUUGGGAAACAGUACCUUUUAGCACACAGGUUAGUAAGCUAGGCUGUGUUCAGUAUGGCAGAGCCAAAAGCAAAGUUCUAAGGCAGCCGAAAUAAAAAGCUUUGAAAC